CAAUUUUAGAGUUUCUGUAAAGUUAACGGCAGUAGUAGUCAGUGAGUUAUGAAUAUUUCCAUUUUAUUUGAAAUUUUAAGUUUUUUAUUUAUUGUCGAUCUUGUGUCAGCUAUUGUAAAUAAGAAUAGCUGGAUUUAUGAAUUGAACGAAGUUAAUGCCAAAAGUUCAAAUCCAGAUUUAUUAAAUUUCAACGUAAGUAUAGAACGUAUUAAACGUGGUGUUUUUGCUUUGUCUGGAGAAUUUUAUUUGAAUAUUGAUAUAACCGAGGGUGAUGGAAAUGAUGUGGAACUUAAAUCAUUUCGCAGUGCUAAUGGUGAUGGUAAUUAUAAAAGCAUACCCUUCGACAUGUCACGACGUCAUUUCUAUGAAGCUCUUAAUAGUCAUUAUAAAAAUGUGGUUAUGGAUACAUUUAAGGAUUGUUCAGAUUUACCAUAUUUUGAGGAUAAAUUUUCACCACCUUUGGAAAAGAAAACCUAUAUUUUAGAUAAAUGUCAAUUUUCUCAGGACGGUUUGCCGAAUCAUAUGGAAAGGGGUUUAUAUAAGAUUGUAUUGACGGGUUAUGGUCAAGUCGAUUGGGAACUUGAGGUGAUUUUUGAAAUUGAAUUAAAUUUCGGUUAAUAUUUAAUUUUAAUGCAAAUUCAGUUUUAUCUUUAAGAUGUUGAGUAUUUUGUUCUUCACUUUACGUAUACUUUAUAUUAUAUGUACAUAUUUCAAUAAAUGAAUAUUGUUCAUACGCAAAGGUGUG